AACUUAUGUGAAGAAAAGUUAAAUUUGACAAUUAUUGUUCUUUUUACCUUGGAGAGGUGUUUGUUGCCUCCGCCGGAAAACACAAGAAGAGAUCAAUGGAAGCCAUUCAUCUUCUCAGAGCUAUCAAACCCUUCAAACUCCACCCGAAACUCACCGAAUCUAUCCGCGUUCGACGCUCCCCUUCGCCUUCUUCGCUUGCUUCGAACACUCACACGGGAGGAAGAAAGACGGCAAUGAGAGAAUAUGACGGACUAUUGUUGGAUGCUGCUGGUACAUUAUUGCAGUUGGCUAAGCCUGUUGAAGAGACUUAUGCUUCUAUUGGCACAAAAUAUGGUCUCUCCACCACACCAGCUGAGAUAAAUAAAGGUUUCAAGAGAGCAUUUUCUGCUUCAUGGCCUGAGGGGCUGCGGUAUCAGGGAGAUGGAAGACCAUUUUGGAAGUUCAUUGUUUCUGUAGCAACUGGCUGUAGUGAUGAAGGUUACUUUGAAGAAGUUUACCAGCACUAUGCAAAUGGUGAUGCUUGGCGUCUCCCAGCCGAAGCCUCUGAUAUUUUAGCAAAUCUUAAAGAUAGUGGAGUCAAACUGGCAGUUGUGUCCAAUUUUGACACCCGUUUGAGGAAGUUAUUGGAGGAUCUCAAUGUGGUUCAUCUGUUUGAUGCUGUAAUAGUGUCUGCAGAGGUCGGAUAUGAAAAACCGGAUGCUAAGAUAUUUGAAGCUGCUCUGGAUCAGAUAUGUGUAAAAAAGGAAAUGGCAGUCCAUGUUGGAGAUGACCCUAAGGCUGAUAGGGAAGGUGCUAAUGCUGCUGGAAUUGAGUGCUGGCUAUGGGGCACAGAUGUGAAGUCUUUUGCUGAUAUACUGAGCCGUGUUGUGAUUGAGCCUUGAAAACUGCCAAAAACCGUUAUAUCCGGCCUCACCUGGUGAAUUACAUCCUCAUUCCUUAUUUUCUAUGGCAAUCGUUCAAGACAAUGGCGAGCAACUCAGGAGAUGAAAAGAAAUGGCUAAAGUUUUGGGUUCUUUACUUUUUCAUCGGAUUCUUAGAGAGUACAUUUCCACAAACAUUUGAAUGGCUUCCAAUGUGGCCCUCUGCUAAAGCGGUAAUAAUAUGCUGGUUGGCUUAUCCCGGCCCCCACAACGGAGCAAAUUACAUUUACAAAAAAAUGAAAAAAUGGAUCAAACCACUCUUAAAUUACAGAAAGCGCGUGACGGUUUCAUUUUCGGAUGAAAUGGUUAACCCAUUUAGCAAGAAGCCAGAUGAUGAGCCAGAUGAUGAUCAUGAUGAUUGAAGCUUGGCUUUCUCAUUCAAAAAAAUGGCCAUGGUUGGGUAAUACAGAGACCAUUCUUCUUGAACCAGAUGAAAGAGGACUAAUCCCUAUUGAUACAACAGUGAUUUCAUUAUACUUACCUUGUAAACACUUCCCAUAACUUGUUUUUUCUUUGGUAUUAACAUGCAUUUUUUUCUGUAUUAAGAAGGGCGUGUU